GAGGCGCCGGGGCUGGAGGCGCUGCUGGACCUGCUGCUCUGCGUCCACCAGGAGUGCAGCGGCGCCCCCCUGCGGAGGGAGCGGAACGUGCAGCAGUUCCUGGCCUGGGCCUCCCCUUUCGCUGUGAAGGCCAAGCAGCUGCGUCUGCGCCGCGAUGACUUUGAGAUCUUGAAGGUGAUUGGGCGAGGGGCCUUUGGCGAGGUGGCAGUAGUGAGGAUGAAGCAGACGGAGAAAGUGUUUGCCAUGAAGAUCCUGCACAAGUGGGAGAUGCUGAAGAGGGCCGAGACGGCCUGCUUCCGGGAGGAGCGCGACGUGCUGGUUCACGGGGACAGGCGCUGGAUCACGGCCCUGCACUACGCCUUCCAGGAUGAUCACUACCUGUACCUGGUGAUGGAUUAUUACGCAGGAGGGGACUUGCUGACCCUCCUCAGCAAGUUCGAGGACCGCCUCCCCGAGGACAUGGCCUGCUUCUACCUGGCCGAGAUGGUCCUGGCCAUCCACUCCCUGCACCAGCUGCGCUACGUCCACAGGGACAUCAAGCCGGACAACAUCCUCAUCGACACCAGCGGACACAUCCGCCUGGCAGACUUUGGCUCCUGCCUGCGCCUGCGCCCGGAUGGCACCGUAGAGUCCUCAGUGGCUGUGGGGACCCCGGAUUACAUCUCCCCGGAGAUCCUGCAGGCCAUGGAGGACCGGAAAGGGAAGUACGGCCCCGAGUGCGACUGGUGGUCGCUGGGGGUCUGCAUGUACGAGCUGCUCUUUGGGGAGACCCCUUUCUACGCGGAGUCCCUGGUGGAGACCUACGGCAAGAUCAUGAACCACGAGGACCACCUGCAGUUCCCGCCAGAGGUGACGGACGUCUCGGAGGCCGCCAAGGACCUCAUCCGGGGCCUGCUGUGCCGCCAGGAGCGGCGCCUGGGCCAGAAGGGCCUCGGGGACUUCCAGCAGCACCCCUUCUUCCGGGGCAUCGACUGGGACAGCCUCCGCCAGGCCGUGCCGCCCUACGCCCCCGAGGUGGCCAGCCCGGCCGACACCUCCAACUUCGACGUGGACGACGACAGGCUGAAGGAGCCGGAGACUCUGCCGCCAGUUUCGCACGCGGCUUUCUCCGGCCACCACCUCCCCUUCGUGGGCUUCACCUUCACGUCUGGGAGCCCCCGCGGGGCGACUCUGGAGAAGAGGACCCAGCCGCUGGAGCCCUCCCGCAAGCAGCAGGAGGCUCUGCCGGAACCGUCUUCCCAGGCCUCGGCCAAGGACUCCGCGGAGGUCCGGAGACUCCGGGGCGAGGUGGAGAGCCUGCAGAAGCAGCUGGCAGAGAACCAGCUGGAGAGGGAGCGGGCGCAGAGGCAGCAGCUGGCCCAGGUGGCGUCAGGGCAAGUGAAGAGCUUGGAGGAGCGGCUGGAGUGGCUGGAGCGCGAGAAGAGCCAGGCGGUUCAGGAUCUGAGCGAGGCCCAGGAGCGGCUGCAGGCGCAGGCGUGGCAGCUGCAGGAGGAGCAGCGGCAGCGGCAGGAGGCGGCGGAGGAGCUGCGGGGCGCGGAGGCCAAGUGCGGGGAGCUGCGAGCCCAGCUGCUGCGGCACGCCAGGCAGCUGCGGGAGCGCCAGGAGGAGACGGACGCCGCCGCCCGGCGGGUGGAGGGCCUGCGCAAGGAGCUGGCCCGCACCCAGGGCGGCCGCAAGGAGCUGGAGCUGCGCAUGGAGGGCCUGGUGAGCGAAGUGUCCAAGCAGCGGAAGGCCAAGGAGCGGGCAGAGCAGCAGCUGCGCAGGCUGAAGCAGGAGCUGGAGGAGCCCCGCAGGGAGAAGCUGGGCCCGGCCCCCUCCCACGCCUCGGGCCCCAGGCGGGCAGCAGCAGCCGCCCAGCAGCAGCAGCAGCAGCAGCAGGGGGAGGCGGUGGCAUCUCUCCGGGCGGAGGUGGCUCAGCUCCGGGAGCAGCUGGCGAAGGAGGCCCAGCGAUGGGAGACCCGGGACCCCGAAGGCCAGAGCAGCGAGGUGGAGCCCCUCGGGGUGGACGGCCUGCGCCCGGAGCCAGAGACCCCCCCAGCAGCCCCCCUCGGCCCCUGGGAGACGCAGAUCGCCGACCUCCUGCGGUGGGUGGGAGACGAGAAAGAGUCCCGGGGCUACCUGCAGGCCAUGGCCACGCGGAUGGCGGAGGAGGUGGAGGCUCUGAAGCAGACGGGGGCGCAGAGUCCUGGGCCCAAGACGCCGGACAGCCUCUGGAAGGCGCGGCGGCUGCAGAAGGUGGAGGCCUCGGCCAGGCUGGAGCUGCAGUCCGCCCUGGAGGCCGAGAUCCGGGCCAAGCAGGGCGUCCAAGAGGAGCUGGACAAGCUGAAGGUGGCGCACUUGGCGGCUGAGCGGCAGCUGCAGGAGGCGGAGAAGCAGAGCCGGAAUCUGCGCCUGGAGCUGGAGGAGGCGAAGGGGGAGCUGAAGGCCCAGUCGCUGGACGGCGCCAAGCCCCCAGGCCCGCUGAUCCCCUUCCUCCACUUCCGAGGCACCAGCGUGGAGGACGCCAUUGCUUUGGGGGGGCCCUCGGAGCCCCCAGAGACCCCCCGGCCCCCGGAGGAGGAGAGCCAGCUGCCCCCAGGAGGGAGGAGGAGGAGCCUGCGCUCUGGGGGGCCACCACCGGUGUCUCCCGCCACGGCCACCAGGAGUGGGAGCAGCAGCGGCAGCAGCAGUGGCGGCAGCAGCGGCAGCUCCGGGUCCCUGAAGCCCCGAGCGCACAGCUUCCGGACGCACAGCUUCUCCACGCCCACCCAGUGCAUGCGCUGCACCUCCCUGCUGGUGGGGCUGGUCCGGCAGGGCCUGGCUUGCGAGGCCUGCCCCUACGUCUGCCACGUGCCCUGUGCUGCUGGGGGCGCCUCCACCUGCCCGCUGCCCCCCGAGCAGCUCCAGAAGACCCUGGGGGUCCACCCGGCCAGCGGGACGGGGACGGCCUACGAGGGAUUCCUGUCGGUGCCCAAGCCGGCCGGGGUGAAGAAGGGCUGGCAGAGAGCCUUUGCUGUCGUCAGCGACUUCAAGAUCUUCCUCUUUGACCUGCCGGAGGGGAGGGGCUCCCCGUGCGAUGUGGCCGCCGCCCACGUCACGGACAUGAGGGACGAGCACUUCUCGGCGGCUCCGGUGCUGGCCUCGGACGUCAUCCAUGCCAACAGCAAAGACGUGCCCUGCAUCUUCCGGGUGACGGCCUCCCAGCUGAGCUGCCCCCUCACCUCCAGCUCGACGCUCUUCCUGGCCGGCAGCGAGGCGGAGAUGCGGAAGUGGGUGCAGGUGCUGACGGAGCUGCACCGCCUCCUGCGGGAGAACCAGCCCCGCCACCGCGCGGUCUACGUCCUGAAGGAGGCCUAUGACAACGGCCUGCCCUUCAUCCCCCACGCGCUUUCUGCCGCCAUCAUAGACCGGCAGCGGAUUGCGCUGGGUACGGAGGACGGCCUGUUCUUGGUCCAUCUCCAGACCAACGAGGUGCUGCAGGUGGGCGACUGCCGCCGGGUGCAGCUGCUGCUGGUCUCCCCGCAGGCCCGGCUGCUCUCGGUGCUGUGUGGCAAGCGCCAGGGCCUGCGCCUCUUCUCCUGGGCCGAGCUGGAGACCCCGGAGGCGCCGGGCACCAAAGUGGCGGAGGCCAGGAGCUGCCAGGCGGUGGCGGUGGGGCUGCUCUGCCGCGGCACCACCCCGGUGCUCUGCGUGGCCUGCCGGCGCCAGGUGCUCUGCUUCCAGCUGACGGCCGCCCGGCCCCCGCAGCGCCGCAUCAAGGAGAUCCCGGCCCAGGGCUACGUCCAGUGCCUGGACCUGCUGGGGGACCGCCUGUGCGUGGGCUGCCCGGGCGGCUUCUCCCUCCACCCGCUGCUCAACGAGGGGCCCCCCGUGGCCCUGCCCCACCCCGAGGAGCCCCUGGCGGCCGCCGUGGCCCAGAUGGGAGCCCUGAAGGCCGUGGAGGUCAGCCUCCGCGAAGUCAUCCUCUGCUUCAGCGGCCUGGGCCUCUACGUGGACGGGCAGGGCCGCCCCAGCCGCCCGCAGGAGCUCAUGUGGCCGGCGCCCCCCCUCAGCUGCGGCUACAGCGCUCCCUACCUGUCAGUCUUCAGCGAGAACGCGGUGGACGUGUUUGACGCCCGGAAGGCGGAGUGGAUCCAGACCGUCUCUCUGAGGAAGGUGCGGGUGCUGAACCCGGAGGGCUCCCUCUGCACCUUUGGCAGCGAGAAGGUCCGCUUGACGUACCUCCGGAACAAGGCAGCAGGCCAGGACGAGCUUGACAUCCCCCCCACCACAGACAACAGCCGGCGGCACCUUGUGAGGACCAGGCACAAGCGCCGCUUCUUGUUCUGCGUCUCCGAGGAGGAGCGGCAGCAGCAGCGGAGGGAGAUGCAGCGCGACCCCUCCCUGCGCUCCAAGCUCAUCUCCGGCCCCAGCCACUUCAGCCACCUGGUGCACGUCGGGCCCGGCGAGAGACGCCCUCGGCUGCAGGACCUGGCGGUGCCAAGCGCCAGCCGGGGAGCCCCGCCUCGCAAGACUCCCUCGCCGGGCCGCCAGGUCUCCCUUCCGGCAGGGCUGCACUGCGAGAGGUCCCAGAUGAAGGGCAGAGCCUCCCUCCACGCCUGGGAAGCACCAGCUCCUCCUGACCGGGGGGGUCGGAAGCCCCCCUGCAGCCUGGCUUGUGGGGACAGCAGGGCACUCCCCGCCUCUUCAGGGACGCUCGGAGGAACCUGUGAGGUGGUGGCGGCGGCAGCAGCUGCCCAUUCAAGAGCAGGAGCCAGACCUGACCCCAAAACUGGGGGGGGCCAAGGGGGGGCGGCAGCUGCCCCUGCCCCCCCCCCACCCCCGAGCCUUCAGCAAUCUCUCUCUCCAUGAAAGAGGACGCUGGACUCAGCUGCUUCAGUUGUGGGGCUAGUGGCUGCCUCUGCUGCACUGCGCCCCACACAUCUCAGGGAAAGCGGGAGCCCCGCCUGCACGGCUUUGGGGCUGGCAGCCGCCCCACCCCACCCCCCGUCCUUCCCGUGUUUGCUGCUGCAGCAACAGAAUCAGGCCCUGCUGGGGCAGAAACACUUCCCACGGCCCCAAAGGAUCCCCAGCCAGCCUCACCCCAGCACUGCUCUCAGCAGAGGGUCUGACCCCUCCGGCAGGGGCUGCCGUGCCCCCAAGGAUCUGCCUCAGGAAACGUCAGCCUCAAGGUGCAUCUGGAAAGGCAAGCUAUGCGCGCGCGUGUGUGUGUGUGUGUGUGUGCGCAUGCACAUGGACGGACACUCACACUCCAUUAAAAGUUCUCAUGGGCUUGCA